GGGGGGCUUAAAAACAUUGAUCCCAAACCUCGACUAAGCCUAAGCAGGCGCAAUUGCUUUCUCAUUUUGGCCCCCCACUCCACAGCAGGUCCACCAUCGCAAAGCAGCCGCCGCGAAGUCGGCCAUCGGAGCCGGAACUGGCCAUCAUUUAAGCCGGGAAGCAGCGUUAAACAAGAAUGAAAAUUUUCUUGUAACUUGAAAGUGCUUGAUAUUGAGUAUUUAUUAGUUAAUACAUCCCUAGCUUUUGGAGAAGCUGGUUAAAAAAAAAGACAACUGGAAAUGAGCUUCAUAGCAAGGUUAAGAUGUAAUGUACCAAACAGGUUUUACCAAAAUCCCAACGUUUGUCCUCUAGCGGCACUAAAUUUUUUUACUUUCAAUGGGAUGGUAUCUCGGGGCUUUAGUCAAACUGCUAUGGAGGACGAGGAAGAGGAGGAAGUAGAGAUUGAUCAAAGAAGACUCCCAGCUGAUUAUGAUCCAGCUACAUUUGAUCCCACUGAGCAUCGUAGUCCUCCAACUGAGCGUGUUUUCAGGCUUGUAGAUGAAAUUGCUGGACUCACUCUAGCUGAAGUUGCAGAACUGGGUUCCAUUAUAAUGAAGAAACGGGGAAUGAAGGAACCACCAGUUGUGGGGGUUAUGAAGCCUGGUGCUGCUGGUUUGGCUGGAAUGGCAAUGAAGGCAACAGCUGCCGCAAGUAAGGAAGAGAAGAAACCUGAGAAGACUGUUUUUGAGGUGAAACUGGAAUCAUAUGAAGCUUCUGCAAAGAUUAAAAUUAUAAAGGAGGUCAGGAGUUUUACUGAUUUAGGUCUCAAGGAAGCAAAGGAUUUGGUAGAGAAGGCACCAUCAAUAUUGAAGAAAGGUGUGUCGAAAGAAGAAGGUGAGCAAAUAAUUGAGAAGAUGAAAGCUCUUGGAGCAAAAGUUGUUAUGGAAUGAAUGGGAGCUGAUACUGGGUAAAUUAUUUCCAUUGGAAUUUUUUUAUCUAGUUACUGUUUUCUUAGACACUUUUGAAUCUUCAUCAAGUUUAGGGUGAGGAUUUUUACUGGUGGAUGCUAUAUCACUUUCACUGUGCUGAUUUUUGAGCUUUAUUGGGCGGUAAUUUUGAUCAGCAAAGGGCACAAGUAGUGCCAACAUUUCAGUGGGAGGAAAGUCCCUAAGUUAUGUGAAAUUAUUCAUGGCAUCCUUUGGUUUCUUUUGCUUCCAUUCUAAUGUAGUUUACAUGAUAGGACAGAAAAAAGGAAAAUAAUUAGAUUGAGGCCUGGUUAUGUUGCCUAAUGCCCACACAUUUUAAUGUUUCUAUAAUACUAUAAUCUUUGUUAUGGAAUUUUCUUUAAGAAAUUAUAGGGUUUUUUAUUAUUAAA